GUGAUUCGGGUUAUUUUUAAUUAAUUUCCGUCGGCCCGCGCUGCAGCAGCAGCGGCGCCAUGGGGCUGCCGGCGCUGGAGUUCAGCGAGUGCUGCCUGGACAGCCCGCAGUUCCGGGAGCGGCUCCGCUCGCACGAGGCCGAGCUGGAGAAGACCAACAAGUUCAUCAAGGAGCUCAUCAAGGACGCCAAGUCGCUCGUCGCCGCCCUCAAGAAUCUGUCCUCAGCCAAGCGCAAGUUCGCCGACUCCCUCAACGAGUUUAAAUUCCGCUGCAUCGGCGACGCUGAGACGGACGACGAGAUCUGCAUAGCCAAGUCCCUGCAGGAGUUUGCCACGGUGCUGCGGAACCUGGAGGACGAGCGGAUGCGCAUGAUCGAGAACGCCAGCGAGGUGCUGAUCACGCCGCUGGAGAAGUUUCGCAAGGAGCAGAUUGGUGCCGCUAAGGAUGCCAAAAAGAAAUACGACAAGGAGACUGAGAAGUACUGCGGUGUCCUAGAAAAGCACUUAAACUUGUCUUCCAAGAAGAAGGAAUCCCAGCUCCAGGAGGCAGACAGCCAGGUGGACCUGGUUCGGCAGCAUUUUUACGAAGUGUCCCUGGAGUAUGUCUUCAAGGUGCAGGAGGUCCAGGAGAGGAAGAUGUUUGAGUUCGUGGAACCUGGGCUUUUUACCUUCUACCACCAUGGCUACGAGCUUGCGAAGGAUUUCAGUGACUUCAAGACGGAGCUGACCAUCAGCAUCCAGAACACAAGAAACCGUUUUGAAGGAACAAGGUCAGAGGUGGAAUCGCUGAUGAAGAAGAUGAAGGAGAAUCCUCACGAACACAAAAACCUCAGCCCGAACACGAUGGAGGGGUAUCUCUACGUCCAGGAGAAACGUCACUUCAGUACGGCCUGGGUGAAGCAUUACUGCACAUACGAGCGGGAAUCCAAGCGGAUAACGAUGGUGCCCUUCGACCAGAAAUCUGGAGGAAAAGCGGGAGAAGACGAAGCUGUUAUCCUCAAAUCUUGCACACGGCGGAAAACCGACUCGAUCGAGAAGAGAUUUUGCUUUGAUGUGGAAGCCGUCGACCGGCCUGGCGUGAUCACCAUGCAGGCACUUUCGGAAGAGGACCGACGGCUUUGGAUGGAGGCAAUGGAUGGCCGGGAGCCGGUCUACAACUCGAACAAGGACAACCAGAGCGAAGGCACCGCCCAGUUGGAUAACAUCGGCUUCAGCAUUAUCAAGAAAUGCAUACAUGCUGUUGAAACAAGAGGGAUCAAUGAGCAAGGGCUCUACAGAAUCGUUGGAGUCAACUCUAGAGUUCAAAAGCUGUUGAGCAUAUUAAUGGAUCCAAAAACAGCCACAGAAACAGAAACCGAGAUCUGUGCAGAGUGGGAGAUAAAGACCAUUACUAGUGCACUGAAAACCUACCUGAGAAUGCUUCCGGGGCCACUCAUGAUGUACCAGUUUCAAAGAAGCUUCAUCAAAGCAGCAAAACUGGAGAAUCAGGAAUCCAGGGUGUCAGAGAUCCACAGCCUUGUUCAUCGGCUCCCGGAGAAAAACAGGCAGAUGCUGCACUUGCUCAUGAACCACUUGGCAAAAGUUGCAAAUAACCACAAGCAGAACCUGAUGACUGUUGCUAAUCUGGGUGUGGUGUUUGGGCCAACUCUGCUUCGACCCCAGGAGGAAACAGUCGCUGCCAUUAUGGACAUCAAGUUUCAGAACAUCGUGAUUGAAAUUCUCAUAGAAAACCAUGAGAAGAUAUUUAACACUGUGCCCGAGACCCCACCAUCGAACUCACAGCUGCUGCUAUCUCGCAAGAAGAGCACGGACUCGAAGCCCCCCUCGUGCAGCGAGCGGCCCCUGACUCUCUUCCACACGGCGCAGCCCAACGAGAAGCAGGAGAACAGGAACAGUAUCAUCAACUCCAGCCUGGAAUCCGUUGUAUCUUCAAAUGCAAACAGCUUCCUCAACUCCAACAGCUCUCCCCAGCCCAACCUGAACUCCAGUGAUCUUGAACUAGAAGUAAUUAAACCCAACAGGCCAAAUUCACUCCCUCAGAAUCCAAGCCCAACGUCACCCCUCUCACCGUCCUGGCCCAUGUUCUCUGCGCCAUCAAGUCCUAUGCCCACCUCCUCUACGUCCAGCGACUCAUCCCCCAUCAGCUCGCCACUGCGGAAAGCGCGAGCUUUGUACGCCUGCAAGGCAGAACACGACUCGGAGCUCUCCUUCACGGCAGGCACCGUGUUUGACAACGUUCACCCAUCCCAGGAGCCCGGCUGGUUGGAAGGGACCCUCAACGGGAAGACGGGAUUAAUCCCCGAAAACUACGUGGAGUUUCUAUAACUCGGGGCGCAGGACGCGGCCCCGCAGAGCGUUACAUGGUAUCCAUGGCAAGCGCUGGCUCGCGUGCUGCAGACCAUUUUGCUCCUUGCCUCCGUGCGGUGCGGAGGGCGUCCCCACGGCCACGGCCACCGACGGCUGCGUGGAUCCUGCCACGUGUCCCUCCGUGCUCUGUGGUGCCCGGGCUUGCAGGAGGCUCGGGGAGGUCGCUCGGCUCUCCCAGCAUCGUGCAGAGGCAGGCGAUGCCUGACGUCCACGUCCCCUGUCCAGAGCUGGUGCAGCAGCGAGGGAGGCAGCAGAGCGGCAGCCUGCAGGCUCAGGGGGCUACGCCUGCAAGCCGUGAACCAGCGCUCACCGCUCACCGCUGCCGUGAGGCUGCCUGCAGAGGGGCAGCAGCUGGAGCUGCCAGCACGGAUCCUGCCCGGUGGAAGGAAGAGCCUUCAGCACCAAGGGGCCCUUUGCUCCCCAGCCAUGCCCUGCGCUCCAUCAACCGGCACGAAGCGGUGGAGGAAGGUGCUCGGGGCUGGCAGCAGACCGCAGGCUGCUCUGCGGCAGCGUUUUGCAUGACACCGAGCUUCCCUCCCUGCGCCUGCACCCGCACCGGGCACGCAUCCUGCCCAGCACAGCGCCGGUCCUCGUGGGGUGCCAGGGCGGGGGGCGGCCGGGUCCCCCGCCAGGGAACAAGGACAUUUGGGACCAAACCCCUCCAACUUUUUCCAGUUUUUUCUUUUUCUUUUCUUUUUUUUUAGAUUUAGAUUUAUGCAGGGUAAACAUCUGUGAUCUGUGCAACCGGCAUUUCCUUCCUGGAGGGCAAGAUGCAGCUCCAGAUAAAUGCUACUUCUUUUGUUUGACUGGCUGUUUUGCGUCUCCGCUUCCCAAUGCACAUUGCAGGGGGAGACAUCCACGCUUUGCGAAUGCCCAGGCCGCUCGUGUGCCAUUUCGGAGCUGCAUUUGCUGCUCGCCACCGUUGCUUUUUAGGUGGUCUCCGUGCUUGCAGCCUGGCGUGUCGUCUGUCCGUGCCAAGUCUGUGCAGUGCUGGCUGUGCGAGGUAAAUUAUUGCCAUACCCCCAGAGCACCCAUUGCUGGUGUAGCCAACCUGCAGUCUACAGCAAACAAAGGAGGAGCCCGUCGGCUCCAUCCCCACUGCGCCUGCCUCCAGAAGGACGCUCGUGCCUCUGUGGACAAACCUCUCGCUGCUUCGGGUCAUUUUUAAGAGGGAGGGGGGGGAGAAAGAGCCCUGUGUGCCUGCAGAGCUGGACCUGCCAGGUACCCUGUCGGGAGCUGAAAUGAUUAUAUUUUGUAAUAGCAAAUCCUGAAAGAAAAUGCAGCCUGUGGGCAGAGGGACUGUUGUGUAGAAGUGACGCUAUCGCACACCGGUGAAAAUGGGUGUCUUGUCUUUUUGUAAUAAUUUUAAAGACUCUGAGUGACUGAAUCGCUGCAUGUGUCACUUUUAUUUUUGAAAGAAUUAAUGUAUAAAUAGAGUAUCUUAAAAUAUUAUGAGGGAAAGAUCUAUAUUUGAUAUUUUUAGAAGAGCUGUAAUAAGAGAAGUGAAGGACAUUUGAAACCGGCUACAGAAAAAAAAAAGCCUUGCAAACACACUCGCAUCCACAAA